AUACUCUUGAGUUCUUUACCUUUGUUUUGUUAGACAAAUUAAGUUAUAGUUUCUUUAUAUAUAUUUGUCUGUCCGUGUUCCUGUUUUGCCCUCUUUCCUUGAAUCUCUGUCAACAUGAUGAUGCCAGAUGAUCAUCGCCAUCUUUCAUUCCCUAACUUUGUUCAUCAACAAGAACCCAUCAACCCAAAUCCAAACCCUAACCCUCCUACCUCCACAAACCCAUCCAAGAAGAGAAGAAACCUCCCAGGAACACCAGAUCCAGAUGCAGAAGUCAUCGCUCUAUCACCAAAUUCACUCAUGGCAACGAACAGGUUCGUCUGCGAAAUCUGCAACAAAGGAUUUCAGAGAGAUCAGAACCUGCAGCUUCACAGGAGAGGACACAAUCUGCCAUGGAAGCUGAAGCAAAGGACGAACAAAGAACAGGUGAAGAAGAAAGUGUACAUUUGCCCCGAGAAGAGCUGCGUCCACCAUGACCCGGCUCGAGCCCUCGGCGAUCUUACAGGAAUCAAGAAACACUACAGCAGAAAGCAUGGUGAGAAGAAGUGGAAGUGCGAAAAGUGUUCCAAGAAGUACGCUGUCAUGUCCGAUUGGAAAGCCCAUUGCAAGAUUUGUGGUACCAGAGAAUAUCGAUGCGAUUGUGGUAUCCUCUUCUCCAGGAAGGAUAGUUUCAUCACUCAUAGAGCCUUCUGCGACGCUUUGGCCGAAGAGAGUACAAGAUUCACCUGGGUUCCACCAUCUGCAUCACAAAACGCAACUCCUCCUCAGUUGGAUCAUCAUACUCUCAUGGGACCUUGUCUCAAUCUCAGCCGCAAUACCAAUGUCUUCUCCGGACAAAACUGCACUAGUUCCUGUCUCCCCGACCAAAUCUCACCGCUUAUGAACGUUUUCGGGUUGUCCUCUUCUUCUUCUUCUUCGUCUUCCCCUAGUGGUACAUCCGAUUCUCUUCACACUCUAUGGCAGUUACAGGGACAGUUUUCUCAUCAAUGGCCACUUGAUGGAAACACAAACAACGUUUUCCAAAGGGGAAUGGCAAAGAAUCAAGAAGGGGAGAUCAAGAAAGGGAGCAAUAUAAGUGGAAGUAGUAGAAGCUUGAACCAGACAGAUCCGUCUUUAGCUUCUUUGUUCACACCAAACAACAACGACAGCGACAACAACAAUAUAUGCCGGUCCGACCCAUACAUGUCGGCCACGGCUUUGCUCCAAAAGGCUGCUCAAAUGGGUUCGACAAGAUCCAAUUCCAACGGUAGCACCACUGCCCUAGGGCUAAUGACCUCGACCCUCUUCAGCAAUAUGCAUCAAAACUCCAAUUUUCCCAAGAAACAAACAGACCCGACAUCGAAGAGUAGUCAAGGGUCGCCGGGAAAUAUGGACAAAGGAUCACUGCCCGGAGCACGAGAAGGCGGUUCAAGUGCAAGGGAAGUAGUGGAUGAAGCUGGCGGCUUGACAAGAGACUUCCUUGGAGUGGGAAGACAUGAACAAGACCGUCUUCAGCAUCAUUUGUAUCCAUCAAACAGGCCACUGAUGUUGAAACAUGAUCGACCUGACUUGGCUCCGGCCACUGUGGGCUCGGCCGCCAUGGACAUGGGCUCUACGUUGUUGAAGUAGAAGUAUGGUCGAAAUUACCUCAUCCCUCGUAUACAUAAUGUGUUUUUUUUUUGUAUAAUCUGAACCAGUUCGAAUCAGAGUUCUUUCCUAUGGCUAAACUUUAUAGCGGAUAUUAGUUUUUUAUAACAUUAUUUCAUAUGCCUAUAAAA